GUUUGUUGCCGACAGUUUCAAUACAUACUUCACACACAGCGGAGCCAUUACAUCAACGCGUGAUAGAUUAGUAAACAAAAAAAAAAGCCUUGCGAUUUGUUAUGAAAAAUGAUAGGAAAAAGAAGGUAUGAAAUCGGUGAUAUAAGGAAGCCAAGGCCUGAAAUAUUGCAAUGGAAAAUGACAAAGAUUAAAUUUGUAUGUUUUAUUUGCAUUUUUUGCCACAUGGGGUUCAGUAUGUUGGUUAUACUUCAGGCCAAACAGGUUGAGGAAUCAGGAAAAGAGUGCACUUACGAAACUAUCGGUAAAGGAAAGGACCAGACAGUGGAAAACGCGAACUACUUUUGUCAUUUGAAGCUUGUGCUGGUAAACACGUUUUUCCCCAGAGAAAGGACAAUAAUCGAGUAUCACAAACAGCCAGCGUCUUUAGAAAGAGACGGUACUAAGAACAAUUACCGUCCAAAAUAUCAAAACAUUGUAAAUACAAUUUCCUUUGACCAAAACACCAAUGAUGGGAAUGCAAGUAUUCCAGGAUACUUGAAUUUUACGAAGCAUGAUGUCCAAAAUGUCAGUGAUUCUACAGCAUCCUUGCAGUACAUGACGCAUUUGCAAGAGAGCAGCCUAGGGGCUCGUCUAAAUCAGUAUUUAACCCAACCUACUACAACUUGUAAGCGACUGGCAAGGAUUGGCGGGAGGUCUUGCCUUGGUGCUUACGAUGGAAGCAAGCUUGUGUGUAUGGAUAGUGACGUAAGGCCUCAACCUACAGGCUGCCUCGUGUACUCAUUUGGUGUGGGCAACGAUUUUAGCUUUGACAACUGCAUGCAGGACUAUGGAUGUGAAGUCCAUUCGUUUGACCAUGACGACGACCAUGAAAUCUACGACUACCGCCAAGGACCGCUGGCCUUUUUCCACAAAGCCAGGAUUGGGCACAAGGACGGUUAUUAUAGGACGUGUGAGGAGAGCCAGUACGGCCUGAAGUGCGAGCCUUCGCUUCGUUACUACACAAUGGCUACAAUACGGAGAAUGCUUCAUCAUGACACUCGAAAUGUGGACUAUUUGAAAAUGGACAUCGAAGGAGCGGAAUGGUUCGUUCUCGGCGACAUCAUCCAUAAUUCUACUGUGCUUCAACAAACCAGGCAAAUUGCUCUUGAGAUUCACUUGGACGAAGUCAAUCGUCAGACAUCAGAAGAAGAACUGCAAGAAACACUAAAGAGUUACCUCUCAGUCUUCUCCGAUUUACAAAAGCUGGGAUUCGCCGUGGCAGCGUUUGAGGAGAACGGGAUGAGACCCAUUUACUCCCGAAUCGACGGAACCCUUUUGAGUAUCUACGCGGAAAUUCUUCUGCUGAAAAGGAAUGAAAGCACCAUUACUACCAGAACUUCGACACUUUAAUCAUUCUGGCAAAAUAGCGCCUUUUUAAAAUUAGUCUUGAAUCCCAAUAGUCAGUUCUAACUUUUGUGAACCUUAACAUGAUAAGCUUGUUAACAAGCUCAAAUUUGAUGUGAAACCCUUGUCAAUUCAGUUGUUAUAUCUCUGCAUUUCAAGGGCGACCUUUAAUACAAAGAAUAAUGGCUGAACCUUAGAAUACUUCCAUUGUACAGUAUAUUCACUUUAGGUAAAAUAUGUGAUACUUUGGUUUACAUGUAUCGCGUUUUGGAUAUUUUCUUUUAACGAAUUUUUGAUAUAGAACAGGCAAAUCAUAAGCUCAAUUAACCUCAAGGAACAAAAAUGCUCAUGUGGUUGACUAUUGAAAUCUGUACAAGUAUUUAAUGUUUAAUAUUAUUAAUCUUACUAUUGUUUCUCAAAUAUUAUAAUGUGAACUAUGCAUGAAGUCGAAAAACAGGUGUAAGUGAAUUCAGAUACCCAUCUGUAGACCAAGAUCUAUUUAAAGAGAAUCCUAUAGAUUUAAGAAGAUAUUAUUCGUUGUCAUUCUUGUUCCCAAUAAACAGUCACGUGGGGUUACCUUUAGAAGCCAGUGAUACGAAUUGCGCACCUCGCUUGUUUACUUGGAAAAAGGGAAGGCUCAGUAAAGUCUUUAUAGUCUUGUCCGACCUCCUCGAUGGUGAUUUCACAAAAGACGAGCGUUUGCCCUUUGGGCCAUGGCUCAUAUGGCAUUAUACCUGGACCACCGAAAAACCAGAUCUAUUUUCGGUGGCCUUGAUUAUACGCUGUACAGAAAACUCGGUUUCGCCGAAGAAUCCU